AAAAAGAGGGCGGGGACAGAGAUGUGGAUGCUGCGAGUCCUCUCUCGGUGAAUAAGCUGCACGAGGACCUCCGCUGCUGCCUGUCGGCGCCUCUGAUGUUUCACCCGCACAGAGUCCACGAGCGGAGGACCGGCGGCCGACAGGGAGAGGUCCUCUGAUAUCAGGACUUCCUCCCCCCUCCCUCUCUCCUGGAUGGAGCCCGGCUUUGUGCAGGCAGCGAUGGCCGCGGGCGAUGCCUCGAAAAAGGCGUCGGUUAGGAACGUAACAGUGGAGAGAACGAACCUCCUCACCGUCUGCAGGUUUUCAGUGAAGACGUUGUUGGAGAAAUACACUGCAGAGCCCAUCGAUGAUUCCUCUGAGGAGUUCAUCAAUUUUGCAGCCAUCCUUGAACACAUCCUCAGCCACCGUUUUAAAGGCUCGGGCAGCUGGUUCGACGGUCAGAGGAGUUUCUGGGACUAUGUUCGUGUGGCCUGUGCUAAAGUCCCCAACAGCUGCAUCAGCAGCAUUGAGAGCAUGGAGAACAUCAGCACCUCACGAGCCAAGGGCAGAGCGUGGAUUAGAGUUGCUCUGAUGGAGAAAAGACUGUCCGAAUACAUAGCCACUGCUCUGAGGGACAGUAGGACGACCAGGAGGUUGUACGCAGAAGGAGCCAUCAUGUUGAGAGAAGAAGCCACAGUCCUGACAGGGAUGCUCAUAGGUCUCGGAGCCAUAGACUUUAGUUUCUGUCUGAAAGGUGAGGUCUUGGAUGGAAAAUCCUCGGCAGUGAUUGAUUACACACCAUACUUGAAAUUCACACAAAGCUACGAUUACCUGAGUGACGAUGAAGAUGGCCACAGUGUCAACAGCAGCACCAGUGAUGAAAGCGUCCCUGAACAUCCCUACAUCCCCCUGGUCACUGACGAGGAGAGCUGGAGCACAAAGUGUCGCAAGAUGGAGCAGAGGUUCAAGAUCGUCAACGCGCAGAAGGGUUACCUGGAGGAGCUGGUGCGCCUGCGUGAGUCCCAGCUGAAGAACACAGAGGCUGAAAAUAAGAGGCUGAAGGCUCGCCUGGACGAGCUGCAAGGCCAGAACCUACAGGAGAAGAAGGAACUAGAAACCAUAGUCCUGGAGCUUCAGGAGCAACUGACAAGCUUGAUUCCAUGUGACCCCAAUCACCUGGCCAAAAACCUUUCCAUCCCUCUGGUCAACCAGUGGCCCACACUCCAGGAGGAGGUCAAGUUGAUCCGCAGGAGGAGUUUCCCCAGCACUGAGCUGCUGUCAGUGGAGAUCAGCCUGGACUCAGACUCUCAGAGGACGGACGGCAAACAGAACGGAGGAGCCUGGUGUACAGGAAAAGACUACACCCCCUCCAUGAUGGGCCUGUGCGGGUCCUUGGCCUCCCUGCCGAGCUGCAAGUCUCUAACAAGCCUCAAGUCCAGUGAAUGCCUGGUUAACAUCAGCACAGAGAACAGUCCUGCCCUCUCUCCCAGCUAGGGGGUGCCAAAGUGACACUGCCAACCCUGGUGAAAAGGACAGAACAAGACGACUGCUCUGUGCUCUCUUGUGUAGUCUUAACGUGACUCUGUCCACUUUUACGCUCUGAGCUCACGCUGCACCACCCGAGCGUUUGAGGAGAGAGUGAGGAGAGAGUAGCCUCCCAGUGUGGGACAGUGACAGACGCAGGAAUAGCUGCUGUACUGCCCGACAGCCUCCUUUCACCUUCACUGUCUGUCAUGUUUCCGAUGUGAUUACACCUCCUGUAGUCCAGGAGGUGUAAUCACAUUAGGUGCAAUCACAGUAAACUGGUCUCAUUCACCACAACCAACGCAACUCACUGUAGGCUUAUUCUCUGUGUCUCUGUCCGUUCAUCUGUAUCUUACUCCUGGCAGAAUGGAUGAGUGUUUAUAGGAAACACACAGAAUGUUUUCACCAUUUUAUAUUACACUAUUAUAAAAGUUUGGAAAAACAGAUCAUACAAGAGAAGGCUGACGUGACCGGAGGGUUCUGAAGGUUAUUUUCAAAGUGAAGCGGCACAACUUUAUGAUGUUAGAAUUAUUCGAUCGUACCGUAGGCUAGAGGUGGAGAUUAUGGGAUACGACUCUUAAAGACCAAGUUAUCAAGGUUUGCUAGGGGGCGCUACAAUGCAAACACAAAAACAACAAGUGGACAUCAUAUCUGUGGCAUACAAAUGCAAAUGACAUUGUGACUAUGCAGAAUGAAUGUUUUCAUUGUCUUUUUCUACAAACCUGGCUUGAUAGAGGUGUUUGAGCAGCAGAGAAAUAGUGGAUGUGUAAUGUGAGUGUGUGUGUGUGUCAAUCAGUUGUUUUCUUUUUUAUAUUAUAAUUAAUUUCAUGGCAUAGACUACUUAUUUGUAUCAUUUAGCAUCAUGUAAUAUUAGUUUCAUGCAGGUGUGUUGAGAGUUGGUGUGUGCUGUUAUUAAAAAUUGCAAUAAAACUGCCUUUUUUUGAAACAUUAAA